GUAUAAAAACAAAAACGAUACAAUUGUUAUUUUGCUGCAAUAUUUGAAUCUGGUCACAUUUUCCCUUUGGCUUCAUGGAAAGACCUGCUCGGAGAAGUUUGUCUAAAAGAAUCGUAUCCGGAGACUGGAAGCGCCGCUUUAGGAUGUUGACGAGUAUUGACGACCUUCGAUCCCUCCGCUUCUGGAAGGCCGUAGUGGCCGAAUGUGUCGGGUCACUCCUGCUGAUUCUUGUAGGUUGUGGUUCGUGCAUAGAUUGGGAUAAGGAAAACAAAGUGGUGAGGGUAUCUCUUUGUUUUGGGCUUUGCUAUGCCACUGUUAUCUGGACGUUUAAUCACGUGAGUGGUGGUCACAUAAACCCCUCUAUCACGUUUGCUCAUUUUGUGACGAGGCGAGUGAGUUUGGCUCGGACUAUCUUGUACAUUGUGGCUCAGAUAAUUGGAGCCCUGAUCGGGGCUGGGAUUCUAAAGGGCCUCACGCCAUCAUCACGAGGCGGGGCCGCUACAAAACUUCACCCGGAGAUG